GGUCAAAUACAAUGCAAUAUAUGACCAAUGUUAAGUAAUAUGAUUUCAAAAACUUUCCUUUAUAUUUUCAUUGUAAAAAGAAUUAAAAAAAACAGUAACGUGGAUAUACUUUAAAUAUCAAUCCCACGAGAAAGAAAAUGUUGUUUUUCAGUAAACUUAUAUUAUUUUCUGUGUUUGGAUACAUACUUUGCCAAUCAGGUCAAGAACUUAGCCGGUUAAAGACUAAACUCUUUACUACUGACAGUUAUAAUACAAAAAUUCGUCCUGUGACAGAGCAAAAUAACGCAAUAACUGUUUCUAUAGACUUUGCUUUAGUUGGAAUCAAUGCGUUUGAUGACGCUGAUCAGAAGUUGACCACCACAGGCUACCUGACAGUGGAAUGGAAGGAUGAGCUAUUAACGUGGACACCCAGUGACUAUGACAAUAUUCAGUCUAUAUUGGUACCGCAGAAUGAAGUAUGGAAGCCGGACAUUACACUUGAUAACGGAAUGGAAUCUAAAUCUUCACUCGGACAGUCUUUUAUACAGGUGACAAUAUAUGCUAAUGGGACAGUCACGUGGAGUCCUUAUGAGGUUUUUCAUACAUCUUGCGCUGUUGAUAUUGUCCACUUUCCGUUUGACAAACAGACUUGCGACAUUAAGUUUAUAACUUACAUGCAUGAUGAUGCAAAAGUAACAUUGCAGCUUGGUUCACAAGGUUUCUACCAAUCCAACUUUGAAAAGAACGGUAAAUGGGACAUAACUGCAAUGUCAACAUCUACAGAAACAAAUGGCGGCAAGACAGUUUUAAGUUACACACUAAAUCUUCAACGGAAGUCUUCAUUUUAUAUUCUUUUCCUCAUUGUUCCCGCCAUUUUGUUGUCAAUACUGAAUGCUUUCGUGUUUGUGUUGCCAGCAGGCUCCGGUGAGAAAGUCGGCUACACAAUUGCUGUGUUUCUUUCGUAUGCGCUUUUCUAUACGAUUCUCAGCGAGUCACUACCAAAGAAUUCCGACACAGUAUCGACCAUCGCUGCAUACUUAUUCUUCAUGAUGUUUCUGUCCACCCUUGCCACCAUUAUCACCAUUAUUGAGCUCAGAAUCUACAACAAGAAGACAAGAGGAAGGUUGCCAAUCGCUCUCGUACAUUUUGUCAAAUGUAUGCUUUUCCAACGUUGUUUGUGUAAGAACAACUCCAUCAAAGAUUUCUCGGCCGACCACCUGGAUGGCAACUGGACAAAGGUUAUUGGUCCGUGGCUUGACUGCGACUGGAAGGAUUUUAUAGAUGCUCUUGACUUCAUUCUUUUCUGGAUAUUUUUGGUUGGGACACUCAUCUUUACAGUUGUUGCUUUGGUCCUUGCUUCAAGCUAUGUUACUAUGUUUUAAAUAACAUGUUAUUAUAAAUGACAAGAUGAAGACUUAUGUGGUAUUCUAAUGUUCAAAGGACACAGUAUUGAUGUUUGUGUUACUAAAAAAACUUUUUAUAUGCAAGUCUAUGAAUAAAAGUAAUAAUUCAUGAAA